AUGAAAGCCAUCAAUUCACUCGCCAAAUUUCGAUCGUCGCAGUUAAAAGAAAUUCAAACAUGUAUUUCAGAUUUAACCACCAGAGUAGAGAAUCUUGUUGCCGAUAAUGCCGCCUUCCGGGCUGAAAUUUCAGUUCUCCGUUCAAGAAUUGAACUUCUCAAAUCGCGGCCGGUUCAUUCUAGUGAUUCCCCUUCAAUGAUUUUUCGUGAAUCAACCGAACGUUCAAAAAUAGAAUUCAAUGCAAUUGCUUAUGGUGUGCUUGAGUCGGCGGCCAACACCGCAGCCCUAAGAUUUAAAGACGACCUACUCAUCUUAGAGAAUCAUUUAAAAGAUCUCUCAAUUUCCGUUCCUACUGAAAAAAAGCAUAUACGCCUUGGUAAAAGUACUGAUAAAAAACCAAAACCGUUGAAAAUUAUCUGUAGAUCUAAGAAUGAUGCUUCACAACUCAUUUCCAAUUUUCACUUUCAAGCAUGGAAUAGAGUAUCACCUCUACCUGCUUUUCGCAUUGUACGUGACAAAACUACGCUUGAACGUGAUCUUCUACGUAAAGCUCAUAGGGAUCUGGAGCGGAAAAUGGACUCUGGUCCUUCAGAUCUUACCAUCUCUUACGUCAAUAGAGUUCCUACCGUUGUAAGGCCGAUUCAAAAAACAUAA